AUGCCUCCCCUGCCACACCAACGAGGUGAUCAGGUUAGACUGGUCAGUGGUAGUAAUCGCUGCUCUGGAAGAGUUGAGGUCUAUCAUAAUGGCCGUUGGGGAACAGUGUGUGAUGAUUCUUGGGACACUAAUGAUGCUGAUGUGGUGUGCAGACAGUUGGGAUGUGGAAAAGCUGUCAGUGCUCAUGAAAAGGCCUACUUUGGCCAAGGGAGUGACCCGAUCUGGCUGGAUGAUGUUGGAUGUUCUGGCAAAAGCAAAUGCGGAAUUUUUCUUGUUCAGAAACAAAUCAUCCACAACAUAUUCCGAAGAGAUGUAUCUACUGUGACUUUCGAUCUGACUGCAAACGUCUCACAUCAGGACCAGUACAGCUGUGAUUACUCUUACAGCAAUAACAAAAUCAGGUCUCCCAGGAGUAACAAGAUUGAAAUCGUUGUGGUGAACCUGCAGCAGCCCAACAUUUCCCUCCAGGAUCCUGAUGGAUGGUUUGUUUUGGGCCCUCUGGGGUCAGUAGUCACCAGAGGUCACGGCUUCACUAUUACCUGUUCCUCUGAACCUCAAUAUCCUGGAGGCUUCUUCUACCUGUUCAAUGGACCAAAUAUCACCAGGAGUCAACCAGCCAUCAAUAACACUGCCUUCUUUAUCUUGCCUGAGGCGGAUUAUUCACAUCAAGGAAACUACAGAUGUGUUUAUGAAGUAAAUGUGUCCUCACGUUCCUUCCAUUCAGCUCCUUCUGAUCAGAUGCUCAUCACUGUCAGAGCUUCCCUGUUUCCUGUCCUUGUUGGUGGGGUGUCAGCUGUACUUCUCGUUUUCUCAGCUUUCAUAGUCAUCUUCCUGGCAAAGAGAAGACAAAAACAAAACAAUAAGGCGACUCAUAUAAAAUGCUCUUUUAGGAAAGGUCCAAGUAAUACAUACGGAGGUGCAUCCCGUGACACUAAAGAUGAGGACGAUGAGAAUGACUAUGAAAAUGUGCAGCUUGAUGAUAAGGACAAGUGUAGAAAUGCUAGCUGUAAUGAAUCUGAAGAGGACUACAUCAAUAUGGACACAGAUGACUCUGAACAGGAUUAUGUCAAUGAUUGUAUUACAGAAAAUAGAAUUAUGCUGGAGGAUGAAUGUGAUGAUAACAUUUAUGAAGUUUUUGAGUGAAUCUAAUGUACAGUGGAAAUAUUCUAGAGAAGACAGUAUUCAUCACAUAAUCCAAAUAAACUGUGUCCCAUCACUGAGGUUAAGGAGGACUCGUAAGGUCCCUCUCUCUGGUGACACUGUUAUAACUGGCAAAUUGGAGCUUUAUGCAAUAUGUAAUGCUUUCAAAUGUACAAAAGAAAGUAAAAUAAAGUGUUGACUUUUUUUAAACUAA